CUGUGCAGCGCGGCGCCGGGACCCUGAGCCUGCCACUCGCGGCCGCAGUCCCUCCCGGCCAGUCCGGCUCCAACAUGGCGACCUCGGCAGCCGGCCCGGUGCUCAUCGUUGGCAGUGGCCUCAUUGGGCGAAGCUGGGCUAUGUUGUUUGCCAGUGGAGGCUUCAGGGUGAAACUGUACGAUAUUGAGCAACAGCAGAUAACAGACGCUCUGGAAAUCAUCAGAAGAGACAUGAAGUUGCUGGAGCAGUCGGGUUCUCUGAAAGGCUCUCUGAGUGCAGAACAGCAGCUGUCCCUCAUCACUGGGUGCUUGAAUAUUCAAGAAGCAGUAGAGGGCGCCAUGCACAUUCAGGAAUGUGUGCCGGAAGACCUGGAACUGAAGAAGAAGAUCUUUGCUCAGUUAGAUGGAAUCGUCGGUGACGAUGUUGUCCUCAGCAGCUCCACCUCGUGCCUCCUGCCUUCCAAGCUGUUUGCCGGGCUGGUGCACGUGAAGCAGUGCAUUGUGGCUCAUCCCGUGAAUCCCCCGUAUUAUCUCCCGCUGGUGGAGCUGGUCCCGCACCCGGAGACAGCCGCUGCGACAGUGGACAGGACCCACGCCCUGAUGCAGAAGAUCGGACAGUCCCCGGUCAGGGUCCUGAGGGAGGUUGAGGGAUUUGUCCUGAAUCGCCUGCAGUACGCGGUCAUCAGUGAGGCCUGGAGGCUGGUGCAGGAAGGCAUAGUGUCUCCGGGUGACCUGGACCUCGUCAUGUCCCAGGGCCUGGGCCCGCGGUAUGCGUUCAUCGGACCCCUGGAGACCAUGCAUCUCAACGCAGAAGGCACGUCAAGCUACUGUGCCAGAUAUGGUGAAAGCAUGAAACACGUCCUCAAGACAUUCGGACCCAUCCCAGAGUUUUCUGGGGCCACCGCUGAAAAGGUUCACCAGGCUAUGUGUAUGAAAGUUCCAGAUGACCCUGAGCACUUAGCUGCCAGAAGGCGGUGGAGGGACCAGUGCCUCAUGAGACUCGCCAAACUGAAGAGUCAGAUGCCAUCCCAGUGAAGUCUGUAAUGCUGUCACUCGCCUCACCCGAAGUUCUGAUUGGUGGAACCACAAGGACUUAAUCAUAUCGCUUGAAACAAUGGCAGCCAGAGGUACCUUGGCGUGCAGGUCCCGAGCGCGCUCCCAGCUUAGCAGUAGCUGAGUCAAGGUGCCCUGACCUGGUGUUGGAGCAGCACUUAGCUUCUGAGAGCUGUUGAGCUCCUGCGUCCUGGGCGAGCAGGUCAUCUCGGGAUUUUCACUUUUUAUUUUUAAGUGUGAUUAUGCAUCCUGCCUUUUAUAGCUAACAAUUGUAGUUUCAAGUCAUUUUAAUCUGUAGCAAAAUAUUUUUAUAAUUACUUCUAAUUCCUCUCUGAAUACCCUGUGGCCCUGCAUUUUUGAGGCAACGAACUGCCUUCAUUUUGCCAAUG